AUGGUAUUCAGUCAUUACGAUGAAGUCGUUAAAUUAUUGAGCCAACAUCGGGUGAGGGUGACUUCUUCUCUUCACAGCCUUAUGGAGAAGGAAGUGAAGAAGAAUCUUAAACCUACGAGGAGUACUUGGAGUAGAAAAUGUGAAUGCCCAUUUAGAUUGAGAGGUGCACCAUCAAGUAUUGGUGAUGGAUGGUAUCUGCAUGUAAUAUGCGGUGUCCAUAACCACGAAUUGGCCAAAAAACUGACUGAUCAUACUUUCUUAGGCCAAUUGUCUCAGAAAGAGAAAGUUGUACUUGGUGAUAUGACGAAGAACACAAUAAAACCAAAAAACAUAUUGAUGACACUAAAGGAUCAUAAUGUUAAAAGUUUGACGACAAUAAAAGAAUUUUACAAUGCACGUCAAGCAUAUCGUUCAUCACUUAGAAGUAAUAGUACAGAAAUACAACAUCUUUUGACAUUGAUGGAAUGCGACAAAUACGUCUAUCGAUAUAGGAAGGUCGAUGGUUCAGAUGAGUUGAGGGACAUAUUUUGGGCUCAUCCAGACGCUAUCACUCUUUUAAAUAAUUUUCACAUAAUAUUGAUUAUGGAUAACACAUACAAGACAUGUAGGUAUCGAAUGUCAUUAUUUGAAAUUAUUGGUGUUACAUCUACUGAAAUGAUAUUUUGUGUGAGAUUUGCGUAUCUACAGUAUGAGUGUGCUGAUAAUUUUAUGUGGGCACUACAAAUGUUGAAAAAACAUAUUACAGGUGAUGAAGUUGAAGUAAUCGUUACUGGUAGAGACAUUGCUUUGAUGAACGCAGUUGAAUAUGUUUUUCCAAAAGCAGUCAAUUUUUUAUGCUUGUUUCAUAUAUGCAAAAAUAUCAAAGCAUAG